AAUCAGCGUCUUCCCCAGACCACCGCGUGGGACGGCUCUCCUUUUCAGCUGUGAAUGCUGCUGUUGUUAAGGCUGCUGCUUGGCUUAGGUGUGAAUGAGCCCAGGGAGAACACACUGCAGCUGCUGGAGGAAUCUCCCAUUUCCGUGUCAUUUGCAUGGGCCCUGCUGUGAAAUGCACGCAUUAAGGACUUGUUGAACACUUCCUUCCUUCCCUUGCUGAGCAUCCAGAGCCAUUGUUCCACUGUUGUUCUAACUGGGUCCUGCCUUCUUCUUGCCAAGGCAAAUAGCACAGUCUCCCCAGUCUCGCGUAGGCGUCCUGAGGCUCAUCUGCCAGCCUAAACAUGAACACAGGCAAAGCGGAUGACAGCCAGGGUUCCCAAGGGAUGUGGGGCCCCACAGGGUCUGGCCCCCAGGAGCAGGACCUCUCAUGAUGUGAGGUCCGGGAGUGAGCACCAUGCCCAUCACCCAGGACAAUGCCGGGCUGCACCUGCCCCUCCUCUGCCAGUGGCUGCAGAACAGCCUGCAGGAGGGCGGGGAUGGGCCGGAGCAGCGGCUCUGCCAGGCGGCCAUCCAGAAGCUGCAGGAGUACAUUCAGCUGAACUUCGCUGUGGAUGAGAGCGUGGUCCUUCCUGACCACAGCCCUCCAGACAUGGAGAUCUGUACUGUGUACCUCACCAAGGAGCUGGGGGACACAGAGACUGUGGGCCUCAGUUUUGGGAACAUCCCUGUUUUUGGAGACUAUGGUGAAAGGCGCAGAGGGGGCAAGAAGAGGAAAACCCACCAGGGCCCUGUGCUGGACGUGGGCUGCAUCUGGGUGACGGAGCUGAGGAAGAACAGCCCGGCGGGGAAGAGUGGGAAGGUCCGACUGCGGGAUGAGAUCCUCUCCCUGAACGGGCAGCUGAUGGUCGGAGUCGAUGUCAGUGGGGCCAGGUAAGUGUGGGGAUGCCACCUGCACCAAGGCAGGACACGGGACCCCUGUUGCUCACGAAUGUCCAAUGAAUGGAUCUGCAGGUACAGAGUG